AGAAACUUCAUAAGCAAGGCCCUUACGAGAAAACGAAAGCCGGUCUUCUUGGUUCGUGAAUUCGACAUUGUUUCUUCUCUUUCUCUUUCUCGCUCCUACUACAAAUAUGAGAACGUUUCUCAACGUUGCUCCUAACUUUUUCUCUAGGAUUUUUCAUCCUGAGUUUGUUCUUCUCUGAUUCUUAACCUUAAGACCUGAGAAAACAGGUUGAGAAAGAGAAAACUAAGAAAAAACCACCCAGAAAAGAAAAAAGCUUCGAAAACAAAGAAGUGGUCUUUAAAUCCUCACUUGGGGUUUUGUUAAAUAUCUUCUUCUCAAUAAAAAAAGCUUUCUUUUUUGUUUUUUACGUAUUGAAAGGUAACUCAACCUAUAUCUAGAUUGAAGGAAUAGAUUUCUCCAUAUCAAUGGGAGAAGCUCCAGCUUUUUUUCUUGAUGAGGUUCAGAAGGGAUUUUCAAACGGGUUCGAUCUAAAAUCCAACGGCUGUGAUUCAACAACAACCAUUGUUGUUGGCAACAAAACUUAUUUGAUUGGUGGAUCCUCUAAUGAGUCAACAUUAGAAAUUGGGGUUCAGAUAUUUGACCAAUCUAGUGGUGAAUGGGUAUACCCUACAGUUUUGGGGACAGCGCCAAAACCCAGUAAAGGCUUUUCAACUGUGCUUUUGAAUGAAGACAGAAUUUUGGGAAUUAAGAAAUGUUCCACCCCAGAUGAUUUUGCAUGGUUUCUUGAGGUGGAUACCCCAUAUGUUAGGCAACAGAAGAAAAUUUUGGGGACUGAGGUUGUUGCUUGGAGUAAAGGUGUUAAGGGUAAAGCUGAGAAGCCUGUUGUUAUAAGUGGUCCUUCUGGAGUUGGUAAAGGCACACUUAUCUCCAUGCUCAUGAAAGAGUUCCCAUCCAUGUUUGGAUUCUCUGUUAGCCAUACAACUCGUGCUUCAAGGAACAUGGAGAAAGAUGGGGUUCACUACCAUUUCACAGAUAGAAGUGUUAUGGAGAAAGAAAUCCAAGAUGGGAAGUUCCUUGAGUUUGCUUCUGUCCAUGGAAAUCUUUAUGGAACAAGUGUUGAAGCAGUUGAAGUUGUAGCAGAUGAUGGAAAGAGAUGUAUUCUGGACAUUGAUGUUCAAGGGGCAAGAUCUGUUAAAGCUAGUUCUAUUGAAGCUAUAUUUGUUUUUGUAUGUCCACCUUCAAUGGAGGAACUUGAGAAGAGGCUUAGAGCAAGGGGAACCGAAACAGAAGAACAGGUACUAAAAAGACUCAGAAAUGCUAAGGCUGAAAUUGAGCAAGGUCAAUCAUCAGGCAUCUUUGAUCAUAUUUUGUACAAUGAUGAUCUUGAAGAGUGUUACAAAAGUCUCAAGAAACUCUUGGGGCUUGACAAAAGUGAGAAUGGUUCCCCUGAAAUUGAACCCAUAUGGGUUGAUCUUCCUGAGGAUCAUUCUAUCUCGAAAAUCGACCAGAAAAUCAUCAUAAGCAGCAGAACUCCUGAACUUGAAAAGGGAUUCAAGGACUUGAUUGUCAUAGAUGUUUCAUCACUGAAAGGCGGGGCACCGGGACGAACCCGAGGGCUCAACAUCUAUUCCACCAGUCCAGUUUUGGAAAGCCUGAAUGGGAUUCAUGAGCUUAGCUGACAAUUAAUCUGAUGGAAGGACUAACUUCAAUUCCUUAAUUUGAAAUUUUUUAUGCUCUUCUUAUUUUAGUUCUUAUAUUUUUCUUUGAAAAGAAAAAACCAAAAAGGGAAUUAGUGAUGAAAAUCCAGCUGAGAAGAUUAUCACACGAGUCAAAUUUUUAAUACUCCUUAAACCCUUUUCAUUCUUUGCUUAUUUUACAACAGAAAACAUGACUUUGGAAUUGGAUCCAAAAUGAAGAAGAAGAAGAAUUGUUAUCUACACAACUGUUGUUCACAUGAGCAUUUAUAUAUUUGAUUUUAUGAUUGUCAAGACAAAAUAGUAUUGAGUUGAAAUUUACAUUAUGAUCUUUUCUAUCUUUA